CUUCACCGUCACUUGGGUUCUGAGCUGUCGCCUUUGUUUCAUUUCCAUAUCCAUAAGGAGGGGAUUCUCAUGUAUUGGUAAUUUGAUUCCCUGCUAUCCAGUUCUCCUUCCAAAUGUCGUCGAUUCUUCCGCAAGCUGGAGACAAACACCUGCCGGCUCUGCCUAUCGGGACCUCUUCCCUUCAUCAGGACCCUAUCGUCUACAUUGACCGCCAGGCAAGACAGAUUCAGCGUAAUUUACAGAUAUUAAUCGAUGCUCAGAGUGAAGGACUUCUGGCUACUCUUAACGGAUCCCCGCAGAAUGGCGCCAUCUCCGACGGAACUUAUACACCGACCUCGGACACAAGCAGUUCGCAGCGUCCCCCAACUAUACCAAUCCGCCAACCGGCUCCAGAGAAGAUCGGGUUGUCUGCUGCCAGAAAGGGGAUAUUCAGAUCUAUAUACGACCUCUUGAGGCUUCGCGAGGAAGAGCGAGAGAUACUAACCUUCCGGAUCGAUGAAAGGACACAGGCGUUGGCAGAUAUCAAUGGCUUCAAUAUCCAUCGCGCUGGGCUAGAAGAUGCCAUUUCGACAAUUCAGGAUAACCGGGAAAGCCAGCACACCGUUGCCUUGCGCCAGGAAAGUCGCAAGCUUGAGGAGGAUAUACAUGAGAUGGAGACUAGGUUGUCUCAAAUGAAAGCAAGACAUCAAAAUAUUCUUCGCGAAUUGUCCCAAAUGGAAAAUUCUAUUGAAUCGAAACUUUCUUCUUACAGAGCUUCCAUAUCGCUCCUAGACUCGAACGUCCGAAAGUACCUCCAGAAUCCGCCCGUGAAACCUCAAGAUAGCAGCUCCAAAGACGCAACCUUUUAUUCCUUGAACCCUAACCGGCGAACCCUUGAGAUGGCAGAGGAACACUGGCAAAAGGAACAAUCGGAUUUGCGAGAAAGACAACGGGAAGUGGACGCCGAAAUUGAGGCCCUCGAAGCUGGAGGUGGUGUCUGGAAGCAAGUGAUCGGAGAGGUUUCUGGAUUUGAAAAGCGACUCAAGUCAGCAAUGCGUCUUUCUAUCCAAUCUCAAUCACAACUACUGAACCACGAUGGCCCUUCUGGUAGCAAGUCGGAAGAGGAUCUCGCUCGGGCAGUAUUGGAGGACCUGACGCAUACCACAGAGCGCGUAGAAAAUCAUCUAGAGGUUGCAGAGAAUAAAGACUGGAAAUUGCUGGUUUGUUGCAUCUCGGCGGAGCUGCAAGCGUUGCGAGAAGCGCGGCAACUGCUGUUGAAUAUUUUCAAUGUGCCUGAAACAGACAUUUCCCCGUCGGCCGACAAAAGAACUUCGAACGGUAUUCACACUCACGAGGAUCAUGACGCACAUGGAGAUCCCCUUGGUGUUGACAACCCUGAGCCUCCAGCUGAGUUUCUCGAGGAUACUGAGGAGCACCCUCAUGGUGCUGUGUCUCGCUCAGAUGAUGAAGAUGACGAGCCGGAUCCCGCCUGGCUGCUCCCUGAAUCGUGAACCUAUCCUCCACAGGCCUACCAUUUGACUAUAGACGGGUGCAAGGCGUUAGUUAGCGUAGUGAUUUCGGGUGAUACUCAUUUCUCUGUUUGAUAGACUAUGACAGAGGUUCCUUAAUUGAUCUGGUAUGCAGCCUGCAGGUUGCUGGCAAACCAGCUUAGCCUAUGACGACCAAUCCGCAAUGCAGAGCCUCCUGCAGAACAUCGGGGUAUAAUGUGAAUUCUAAUACCUACUGUAUGCUACCUGUGCAGUGCGGACUUCGCUUUCUUCCGCUAAUCCUGUCUGUUUUGGUUAAUAGCUCGUAUGGCAUCGCUUACUUUCUUCUGGGCGGCGGGGCCUGAACAAGACCGGACUAGUUCCUUCUUGCAGCCAUCAUCAUCUUCUGUCUUCUUGAAUCUCAGCUAGCAGCCUAGAAAAAGAUGACUAUCACCCACGAAAGCCAC